UGUCUCUCUCCAGUGACGGGGGCGUGUCCUCAACCAGCGCUCCUUGCUUGUGGUCUCGUCUCAGUCGAGUUCGCUCGCGUCGAGUGUGGCGACUGCGGUCGGGGCGUGAGGACACUUUGUGGGAUACGGAACCGAGCGUGGAGCGCAGACUCCCCGAAAUGUCCAAUUCAACGUUACGUCACGCCUAAUUAACAGCCGACAAGCAAGGAGUUGUCUCACUACUGUUUGUGUUCGCUACGCGACCGUCAAGGAAGAAGGACCCUUUGAGCUCUGCGUUGUGGACCCCCGCCCCCUCCCCACUGUGGCCAACUCUCGGGAUGGAUGAAUGCUGAGCUGAGCUGAGCUGAGCUAAGGGUGAGUCACUGAUGGCGUAGUGGUACACAACGCCUGACUUUGGUGCAGGCAGCGUGGGAUCGAUUCCCGAUCGGUGCCUGCGACUGACUGGCAAACACUUCAGGGUGUAGUCCGCCUUUCACCUGAAGCUUGCUGGAAUAGGCUCUGGCUCUCCCGUGACCGUUGUGAGGAUAAGCGGCUUGCAUAAUGGACUCUGGAUGGACUCUUCAAAGGAGCUUUCCAGACCCUGAGAGAGACGUCAGCGGGAGAUUUCACGGAAUCGGCGUCACUGCUUCCAGGAGGAACUGCCUGUUGGAGCUGAGUCGCGGUGGGCGGGGGGACAUGUGUUCCUGCUGAGUCGUCAGUUUGGGAACCACCAUGAGGCAGACGCCGCCGCCACCACCACCACCACCACCACCCCUCUCUCCCGGUUUGCCCCCCUCGUCCCUGCCCUUCCUGCUGCUCCUGCUACUGGGCGCUGCUGGAUCCUUGCCCCCGCCACCCACCGGUGGCGCCACCCCCUUCCCUCAAGACCUGGAGCCCAUCAACGUAGUCGGACGAGAGUCAUCCUACUUAUUCCCCAGCUUCCAAGGCCUGACAGAGGACAACGACACGGAGCGUCUGGGUCUGGAUUUCCAGAGGAUGCUGAGGAUCAACCACAUGCUCUACAUCGCUGCACGGGAUCACGUGUUUGCCAUCAAUCUGGCCGCGUCCUCGGAGCACAUCCUCCCGCAGCAGAAGCUGACCUGGAAGACAAAGGAUGUGGACAAGUGCACGGUUCGAGGGAAGAACAGCGACGAAUGUUAUAACUACAUCAAAGUUUUAGUGCCACGUAACGACGAGAUGCUGUUUGCAUGCGGGACAAACGCCUUCAACCCAACUUGUCGCAACUACAAGAUGUCGACUUUGGAGCAGGACGGCGAGGAGAUGGUCGGUCAGGCUCGCUGUCCGUUUGAGUCGCAUCAAUCCAAUGUUGGACUUUUCGCAGGAGGGGACUUCUACUCGGCGACCAUGACAGACUUCCUGGCGAGCGACGCGGUCAUUUACCGCAGCCUGGGAGAGAGUCGCCCCGUCCUACGAACGGUCAAGUAUGACUCAAAAUGGCUACGAGAGCCUCAUUUCCUGCACGCUAUCGAGUACGGCAACUUUGUGUACUUCUUCUUCAGCGAGAUCGCCGUGGAGUACACGUCACUGGGCAAGGUGGUUUUCUCCAGAGUAGGACGCGUGUGCAAGAACGACAACGGAGGUUCCCCUCGGGUUCUGGAGCGCUACUGGACAUCCUUCCUCAAGGCUCGCCUCAACUGCUCCGUGCCGGGUGACUCCUUCUUCUACUUCGACGUGCUGCAGUCGCUCACCAACGUGCUGCAGAUCAACCGUCGGCCCGCUGUGCUCGGGGUCUUCACCACGCAGGCCAACAGCAUCACCGGCUCAGCAGUGUGCGCCUUCUACAUGGAUGACAUCGAGAAAGCCUUCAGUGGAAAGUUCAAGGAGCAGAAGAACAGCGAGGCAGCCUGGACGCCCGUCCCAGACGAGCAGGUUCCCAAACCGAGGCCCGGCUGCUGCGCCGGCGAAGGCUCGGCUGCCGACCUGAAAUCAUCCACUGCCUUCCCCGACGACACGCUCAUGUUCAUCAAGUCCUACCCGCUCAUGGACGAGGCCGUGCCCUCCGCCAACAACAGGCCGCUUUUCACCAGAACCACUAGCAGGUUCAAGUUGACCCAGAUCGCGGUGGACACGUCAGCGGGACCCAACCGGAACUUCACGGUGGUUUUCUUGGGUUCUGAGGAUGGCCACGUUCUAAAGGUUCUCACCAGCACAGAUGGAAACAACCAGACCCUCAACACCACACUCCUGGAGGACAUUAACGUCUACAACCACAACAAAUGCAACGUGAAGGGGGAGGAGCGUCAGGUCUUGGGUCUGGAGCUGGACAGAGACCACCACGCCCUUUUCGUGGCCUUCUCAGGAUGCGUCAUCCGCGUGCCUCUCAGCCGCUGCGACGACUACAGCGACUGCAAGACACGCUGCCUGUCUUCUCGGGACCCUUACUGCGUGUGGCUGAGGGCUGGAAAGUGUGUCGUCGCCACGCCCGGAUUCAAAGGCGCCUUUGAGCAGGACGUGGAGAACGCCGCUCCUCUCCGUUCCGACGCCUGUCACGAUGUGCUGGCGACGACGCGCAAGCACAACACGCCUCUGGACACGGCUUACGGGAAGGCCACAACCGCAAGCGUCGGCCCGUCCAAUCAUAAGGAGGCAGGUGACCCUGAAAGAGCUCCAGGUAUGGAGGGCCCUCCCUACGAAGGGGAGCAAGGGUCACCUGACUCGAAGCCAAUCAGUGUGGAGAUGGAGGGCGUGCGGCGCCCCCCAGAGGCGGAAAAAAGCAACCACAGCGUCCACUACACGCUGCUGAUCGCCUGCGUCCUGGUGGCCUUCGUGCUGGGCGCCUUCCUGUCAGGCUUCUUGGUGUCCUGUUACUGCAACCGGGCCGGGCACAAGACCCCGAAGCUCCCCAAGGACCCCGAGGUCCAGAUCCCGCACGCUCUGUCUUUGCGCAGCCUGGCCAAGCUCAACGGGCUCCUGGAGACCAGCACCGGGAAGGAGGACAAGCUGGAGGCGUCCUCUCCCAAGAUCUACAGCUCCCUGUUCUCCAGGGAGGUGCCCAGGAGGAGCGUCCACCACGGGAUGUCGAUGGGGGAUCUGGUGCUGCCCCACCACCACCACCUGCGGUCGUCCUCGGAACUCUCCGGACUUCCCACGCCCGACUCCACGCCCGAGCUGCCCAUCAAAAGCAUGAAGGCCUUCCGGAACCAGUGGGAGAAGAACCACAACUGCAACAACGCGUCCCGGCCGUCCUCGGCCCACGUGUUCCCCUACGGGGCCCCGCGCCUCCCCGACGAGCGCAAGGUCCACAACGCCGAGCGUCUCCUGCCGCAACACCCCGGCUACACCCACAAGGUGAUGGAAGUCACGUCCCUGGACGAGCUCCUCAAGCACAUCCACGAGGGGGGCGGCUCCAAGACACCGCAGCUCAUCAGCCCGCCGGGGGGGCAUUUCACAGGCGGGGAUUCGGCCGCGGGGCACCUGGCCUACGCGGGCCGCGUCCAGCCUCACAUUCCGGAGACGGAGUCGGCGCCGUACUACAGCUCGUCCACGCUGCCCCGCGACAGCCUGACCCGCCGCAUGGACGUCCCCCCGGACCCGCCGCCGCCCCAGCAACCGUCCACGCUGGAACGCCGGCAGUCCUCGUCUCAGAGGCACUCCUUCAUGGGCAACGGCACCGGCGGGGGUCCGCUCCCUCGCCACCACAGCUUCAGCCAACGCGUGGGCGCCCCCCACCAGCCCCCGCCCCUCCUGGCGCGCAUGAACUCCACAGGAAGCUGCGAGGGCCACUUCCCCCUCCUGCCUCCCGGCUACUUGGCGCGUUACAACGCCGCCCAGCAAGACGCCCCUCUCAGGGGCGGCGGCGGCGUCCGCAGGGGCCCCCCGCUAAAACCCAACGCCCCCCCCAAGCCGCUCUUUAUUCCAGCUUCGUCACCUGUCAGCCCGCACGGCAACUUCAACUACUGACACUUUUGAACACGGCUCAAGUUGACGUGGAAAAUUAUCUUUGUACCAUAUUGGUAUUGUUCUCUUCUACGUGAACUACUACAUUUACCUUUCACCGCGACGCAGCGUAGAGCAGCUGAUGGCGUCCUCAACGUGCAACCGCAACAACUACAUCGGCCGGGGACUUUGAGAAUGACAUGGCGACACAACAACUACGUCAACAACUACAUCAACCGCAUGAACGACUACAACGCUUGUAUCUUGAAAGACUACAUCCACAACAAUACGGCAACUGAAUUAACUACAUAGUCUACAGAACUGCACUGACUUUGACAGCAUCAACAAUAAAUACAUAUCUACGUCAGCAACUAUACUACAUCAGUGUCUACGCAGCAACAUGGCCCACAAUGACAAAUUCACCAAAUACUACUACUACAAUGCCUACAUCAACAGCACACAAAAACAUUGUCUGCAUUAACAACUACAACAAAACCACAUGCAUAUUACUACAAUUUUGACAUUAACCACUACCGCGUUAAAAAUGAAAAACUAAUAUAAAAAAAACAUCAACAACUACUGACUGACUGUAUCGACAACCUACAUCAGUGACUACAUCAACUAUAUCAGCAACUACAAAAUCUACGUCGAAUGCAUUUCUACAGUGACUACAUUACUACACAAAGGCAUGCAUUUCUACGUGAACAAGUAGACAUUAUCCCAACAACUACAUCAAUAACAUCAACCACUGUACACGGACUACAUCAUGGAAGGCGUCAACGAUUAACUAUUAAUGAAUACUUAACUACAACAACCGCCCUGACUAAAUCAACCACUGCAGCGGAAACACUACACGCACCACAACAACUACAACAGCUAUUGUACACGGAGUCUAUGGCAUAUCGACUGCAUCAACUACCUAAAUGACUACAUUGACCAUCGACAACAACUACGUCAGUCACAGCAACGACACAAUUUCAUUGAUUGCAUCAACUACUAUUCACAGCUAACACAUCAACAACUACAUCGCCGACCUGGACGCGAAAGGUUGCACAAAGACUCGAAGCCGUGUGAAGCGCUGCGCCGCUUCGUUCUUGUUUUCUUUGCGAUGUCGUUGUGUUGCUAACCAGAAUGUGUUUCUAUUAUGCAUGUGGGUGGGUGGGUGUGCGCGUGUGGGUGGGCGUGCCGUAUGUGUGUAGAGCCACAUACUGUAUAUACUAUCUGCAGUAUAUAUUAAUAUAUGUGUCAAGUUGUGAUGACAAGUUAGCAAGAAAGUAACUUUUGUCUUUGCCUUAUUAUACUCAAUACCCUCAAAAGCCCACCCCAGAACCCUUAAACUCCUCCCUCCCCCAAGAAAUGUAAACGUCCCAAAACUACGUUUGUGGAUUUUUCCUAAAGUGUUCCUGAAAUGUUUUUGAAAUUAAUUUGUUGGGAAACAUCACACAAUCCUGACUUCAAGUCAACUUUUUCUGUUUUGCAUCAAGAAAUUAUUUUUGGGUGGGUGGGGGACGGGUGCAACUAGUGGGCUGAAGCGGAUGACUUGCCGGUGUCAUUUUUUUGUUUUUGUUUUUAUUUUACUUUAUUUUUUUAAAGAGAGAAAUGUUUGAUUGGUGCUCCACGGACGUUUUCUCCAGUGGGAACAUUUUGGACCGCCAGUGGCCGACACUUCCCGUACAAACUGUACAACCGCAACAAACGAUGGAGACAGCUGCACUUCUUAUUGACACACUUUGUGGCUAAUGCUUGUAAAUAAAAACA